AUGGCCGACAUCGAGAAACAAAUCAUCCCUCGAGAUGAGGAGGUCAAACAGGACUCCAAUCUCGUCGAUUUCGACGGCCCAGAUGAUACAGAGAAUCCAUUCAAUUGGCCCACAUGGAAAAAAGGUCGCCAACUAGUCUUGAUGGCAUUCAAUACCUUCAUUACUCCUCUAGCUUCAUCAAUGUUCACACCAGGAGUCAGCGAUGUCAUGAAAGAAUUCAACGUCACAAGCAGCAUGUUGGGUUCCUUCGUCGUCUCCGUCUACAUCUUGGGCUACUGCUUCGGUCCAUUUCUCAUCGCUCCUCUCUCUGAGAUCUAUGGCCGUGUAGCGCUUUACCACAGUUGCAAUCUGCUCUUCCUCAUUUUCACCAUCGCCUGCGCCGUCGCUCAAACUAUGCCGCAGCUCAUCGUCUUUCGCUUACUUGCUGGAAUGGCAGGUGUUUGUCCGCUUACUAUUGGUUCUGGUACCGUCGCCGAUAUGGUGCCCAAGGAGAAGCGAGCUGGUAUCAUGGCCAUCUGGGCUAUGGGCCCCAUCCUCGGUCCGGUCGUUGGCCCCGUCGCUGGCGGCUUUUUGGCCGAAGCCGAAGGCUGGCGCUGGGUGUUCUGGGUUAUUGCCAUUGUGACUGGCGCGAUGAUGAUCCUGACUAUCAUCUGGUAUCGUGAAUCCUAUGGUCCCGUCGUCCUUGAGCGCAAGGCUGCUCGUCUGCGCAAAUCCACAGGAAAUCUCGACCUCCGAUCAAUCCAUGACAAAGGCAAACUUGACUCGAAGCUGUUUUUCUCGGCGCUGGCUCGCCCGCUGAAGCUGCUCUUCGGCUCACCCAUCGUGUUCCUCAUGGCUCUGUUCGCCGCCACCACAUACGGCUAUCUCUACCUCAUGUUCACCACAAUUUCCUCCAUUGUCGAAGAAAAAUACGGCUUCUCUCAUGGAAUUUCGGGGCUGGCGUUUCUGGGCUUUGGUAUCGGGAGUAUGCUGGGUUUGGUCGUCACUGGCGCUGUGGCCAAUCGCAUCGCUGCGAACCAUAUCCAUCGGGGUUGCUUCACGCCUGAAUCUCGUCUGCUACCCAUGAUGGUCGGCUGCUGGUUUAUGCCUGUAGGCUUAUUCUGGUAUGGCUGGUCAGCCCAGGCGGGUGUCCACUGGAUUGUGCCCAUUAUUGGUACUGGCGUGUUUGCUGUUGGUCUGAUGACAGUCUUUAUGUGUGCCAGUACAUACCUGGUUGACUCAUACCUGCGCUAUGCUGCAUCUGUCACGGCAGCUAACACGGCGCUGCGCUCGUUAGUUGGAGCACUGCUGCCUCUGGCUGGGCCAUCGAUGUAUGCUGCAUUGGGACUGGGAUGGGGCAACUCUCUCUUGGCAUUCAUUGCGUUAGCGAUGUGCUCUGUGCCUUUUCUCUUCUGGAAGUAUGGGGCGCAGAUUCGCACUCAUCCGCGGUUCCAGGUCAAACUGUGA